AGCCAUCCAAUUGUGAUAUUUCUGUUACACCAGCACUAAAUAACUGAGACAACUUGGUACCAGGAGAGUGGGGUGCUGCUUUCACGGAUACCUAGAAUGUGGAAGCAGUUUUCGAAUUGAGUAAUGGGUGGAAGCUGGACGAGUAUUAAAGUGCUUAAUAGUAAAAGCCAAGAUUGGCUUGAAGAGACUGUUGGUGGAGUUAUGGACAUCAAAGACAAUUCAGGACUUAGAAGGAAGUGACGAGAGCUGUAACAAUGGAGACAGCACAGACAGCGAGAAGGAACAGGAGAACCCGGAGACCAGUGUGAGAUGGCACUGGAGCCGACCCAUGGAGUGAGAGAGCUGAGUGCCUUGGCUCAGGAGGCUUCCUGGUGAAGUGGGGUGUCUCUGGACACUGAAUCAGUGGAACUAGGCUUGCCAACCCAUAGAGCAAGAGAGCUGAGUGCCUUCUGGCCGAGGUUUACUGGUGGAGUGAGGUGCCUCCAGGGACUUAUAGGUAGAGCUGAAGAGCUUUGGAACACUUGCAGGGCAGAGGGCCGGGCUGGACCAACGACCCGAAAGGCAGAGAGGCCAAGGAACCAGGAAGCAGAAGCUGAAGAGACGAGGAACACACGAAGCAGAGUUGUCUCAGUCUCAAAGGGUAGGGCCACAACCUCUGGGAUCUCAAAGGGCGGAGCCACAGACUCCUAGGUUUGAAAGAGUCAGAUCUUCACCAAUUUGGUUCUGGAGUGCGGGGCUGCCUUUCACGAGUGCCAGUGGAAUGAGGCUAACUCCACUGCCCAAAGGUGAAGGGCUGAGGUUGCCAUACCCAAGGGGCAGAAGAAUGGGGCCUUCUGGGGCUGAGGGGUUGGAGUCUGCCACUCAGUUGGACUAGGAGAAUGUAGCUGCCUAAAGCCGAGGCAGCAGAGUUGCCUUUCCAGUGGAUUCACAAGGCGUAACUGAAGCCUGGGGCUGAGGAGCCUCCACCCAGAAUCUGGAAAGUGUUCAACACCCAGAGUCUGGAAAGCAGGGCCAUUGUCUAAAUGGUCUCAGACAACAGAGGAUUAUUUUCAAGCCUUGAGAGGUAAUGUAAUGGGUUCUCCUGUCUUGCUCGGUACCUGUUAUCCCUUCUUUCCCUCCAGGUUCUGCCGUUUGUAAUGGAAAUGGCUAGCUGAUGCCUGUUCCAGUGUUGUAUUUUGGAAGCUGAUAACUUGUACUCUAGAUUUCACAGAUAUUUAGCUUCCUGUGGUAUAUUGAUGAGCAGAACUCUUCCACUACAUACCUCAGUCGUGCCUAAGGAGAUACAUGCAAGAACUUUCUUCAAAAUCACUGCACCAUUAAUAAACAAAAGAAGAGAAUAUUCAGAGAGGAGAAUACUAGGAUAUUCUAUGCAGGAAAUGUAUGAUGUAGUAUCGGGAGUGGAGCAUUAUAAGCAUUUUGUUCCUUGGUGCAAAAAAUCAGAUAUAAUAUCAAAGAGAUCUGGAUACUGCAAAGCACGAUUAGAAAUUGGGUUUCCACCUGUUUUGGAGCGAUAUACAUCUGUAGUAACCCUUGUGAAGCCACAUUUGGUAAAGGCAUCCUGUACAGAUGGGCGACUUUUCAAUCAUUUGGAGACUAUUUGGCGUUUUAGCCCAGGUCUUCCUGGCUACCCAAGAACUUGUACCUUGGAUUUUUCAGUUUCGUUUGAAUUUCGCUCACUCCUACACUCUCAGCUUGCCACACUCUUUUUUGAUGAAGUUGUAAAGCAGAUGGUGGCUGCCUUUGAAAGAAGAGCAUAUAAGCUGUAUGGUCCAGAAACAAAUAUACCUCGGGAAUUAAUGCUUCAUGAAGUUCAUCACACAUAAAGGGAGAAAAGAACUGGUGUCACCUGUUUAUAACUUUGUUCACUUUUAGAAGUGUUUUCAUAAUUUGCUUUCAGAAGUCAGUGUUGCUAAACCCAGCUUUAAUUAUAAACCUGCACCGUUGAAAAUUUGCACAUAGAAUAUGGAACGAUGUGUACAUAGAUUUCUUCAAUCAAGUGUAAUUCCAAGUAUUAUGUACAUUAGCAUGUUACGCAUUUACAAUGGGAUGUCAUCACUAUAUUGCUAAAAUACUGACAUCACUCUUAGCAGAAAUUGAAACUGUUAAACCUUUUAAUUAUCUGCCUGAGAGAUUAGUUGACAUACUCAUGCAGUAUGACAUAUUAACCAUAUCACAUUUAAGUUAUUAAAUUUAGAAUAUUUGUAACUUAUUACCUCAUGGGUUAGGAUAUUUGAGCAAUCAUCAGAUAUUUAAAGUAAAACUUUGACUUAAAAAAAUACUGUUUAUGAAGGCUACCGGGCACUUCUGAUAUUUUUAAAUCAUUCUUAUGGAGAAUUCAGUGCUAUAGUGAGGUUAGUGCCCAGAUGAAGAGUAUUUUUCUUGGUCAGUGGUCCAGAGCUUUAAGCUACUUUUCUAGUAGUUUGCAACCUUGUCCUGGUUACUUUGGCUGCUCUUUCAAUAAUGCUAAUUGUGUCAAAUUUUGUCUACAACAGUAGGCAACAAAUGAAGAUACAUUGAUGUCUCCAGCACUAUACAUCCCUUUUUCUAUUUAUUACCUGUACUCACUUUCAAUAAUGUUAUUUCAAACUGGUAUUUUUUUAAACAAAUCAAUGUAAGGACUGAAGUGGUAACUUAAUAAAGUUAAUUUAUUUUUUGAA